AUGUCCUCGACGUCUCCACCAAGAUACAUUCUUGGAGCCGGUCUUGGGCCUUACGCGAACAAGCAGCCUUCCGCCAUCCAGCACUUCGGCCCCAACGUUGGUGACAAAGUGAAAGAGCUUGUCGCUCAAAGCACGGCCGAAGCCCGCGAAGCUGGCUUCGAAAUCAUCUCACAUAACGUCAACCCUGGUGAGCCCGAGGCGAGCGUGCAGAAAUUCACAGCCCUCCUGAAGGAACGGGACUGGGCCGGCGUAAUUGUCGGUUUCGGGCUGAGAGGCCAAAAGGAGCAUACCGUGCUGUGCGAGCGGUUGCUGAAUGUCUGCCGGGUAGUGGUUCCGAAGGCGGUGAUCAUGCUGACGAACGGCCCGGAUGAGCUGUACACCGCUAUCAAGCGAAACUUCCCGGAUGGGAGCGAG